CCCGUUUUCUCCCCGACAACGCGCUGAAUGUGCCUGAUCUGAUAUAAGCACACCGCUCCGUUCAGUGUCUGAGGCUUCGAAGAUCUUCACUUCGACAACACCGUGCUCUUCCGCUUCAUCAUCAAUUCUCUGCAUCUCCCCGCACCCAUCGACACACCGACAACAGUCAGCACCAUGGCAAGCCAACCAUCGCCACCCCACCCGGACGCCUGCGGCGUGCAGCCUCCCCAGCCGGUCCGGCAGCACCAUCUGCAGACCACCCAGCCGCCCGCCGCGCAGCCGAUGAAUCCGCAGCAACCACACGCCGAGAGCACGCCGUCGCAGCUGGGCCUGCGCGGCGGCCGCAGCGAGAUGUGCCCCGGCCGGUUCUGCUUCUGCGUUCCCUGACCGUUGCCGUGCGAUUGCUGCAUCAUUUGAGUGUAGGUGCGUAUGAGGAGGUGUGGAGGGCAGUUUCGGGCUGGAUUGGUUCGGGAGUCGGAUGGGGGGUUCGGCUUCGAUAGCGGUAUUGAUGAGGGGAGAUGAGAAAUAGAGAAUUGGUUGUCUUGCGGGGCCCGGGUAAGCGCAGGCCCUGGAUGGAGGCAUGGAUGGCUACCUAGACAUGAUUAUUGCGAUUAUUUCGUUUGUUGAGUUGUUUGUCUAUGUGAGAAUCAUUCGUCUAAGAUGUCUCAAAAAAAAAAAAAAAAAAAAAAAAAAAAAACAUGCCAUGAGUUUUGCCUUCUUCCCGUCUCUCACACAGCUCUUUGGAAGGCGUCAAGCCGGCGAGAACCGACUUGCAUCAUGCAACGCCGCCUUGCCUGAGGGCAACACAGGGCCCCAGACCCCGCC